AUGACCAAUCACACAAUCAUCACCAACUUCCUCCUCAUGAGCUUCUCUGACGUCUGGGAGCUACAGAUCUUACAUGCUGUGCUUUUCUCUUUGAUUUAUCUGGCAGCCCUGAUGGGGAAUCUGCUCAUUAUCCUUGUCACUACCAUUGACCAGCGCCUUCACACUCCCAUGUACUUCUUCCUGAGGCAUUUGUCUUUCAUAGACCUCUGCUACAUCUCCGUCACUGUACCUAAGUCCAUCCUCAUCUCCCUGACCCACAGCAACUCCAUCUCUAUCCCUGAAUGUGCUACCCAGGUAUGCUUUGUGCUUCUGUUUGUCUGUGCUGAGCUGGCUUUACUGACAGUGAUGUCCUAUGAUCGAUAUGCAGCCAUUUGCUGCCCCCUGCACUAUGAGACCCUCAUGAGUGGAGGAUCUUGUGUGCAAAUGGCAGCUGCUUCCUGGGUCAGUGGGAGUCUCUCAGGCAUCAUGCACACAGUCAGCACUUUCUCUGUACCAUUCUGUAAAGCCAAGGUGCUUGGCCAAUUCUUCUGUGAGAUCCCUCAUUUGCUCAAACUCUCCUGUUCACAGCCAAAUUUUGCUGAAAUUGGAACCACAGUUACAACUACAAUUUUGGGACUCGGCUGUUUUUUCUAUAUUGUUAUCUCUUAUGUCCACAUCUUUUCCACCGUUCUAAGGAUGCCGUCCACAGAAGGCAGGUCCAAAGCAUUCUUCACAUGUCUGCCUCACCUCAUUGUGACCACUGUAUUUUUUACAACUGCUUUUGUUGCUCAUGUAAAACCUACCUCUGACACCCCCUCUGUCCUUGACCUGUUGGUGUCUGUGUUCUAUGUUGUGGUACCACCCACCCUAAACCCUGCUAUCUACAGUUUGAGGAACAAGGACAUGAAGGCAGCUCUGGCAAAGUUGAUAAAGCAAGGGUAUCUUUGUUUGUGA